UUAAAGGAGACGAAUUAUUAAUAAUGGCAUCUAUUGUUAUGAAAAGUGUUAAGUUUUAUCGGGAUAUUCCUGGCUUUUAUUCUCUAAUUACUAGGGGUAUCAGCAGCAGUCAAACAGAUAAGGCAAGUGAAGGAUGGUGGAGUAAGUUGCUUCAUGUACGGACUAUUGAUCCAGGAAAGGAUUCCCACUCUAGACUAUUGUCUGAUGUGGAAUUAGUGUAUGAACUUCAGAUUCAUGACAUCAAGCCAGACUCCACUGAACUUUACUUGAAAGGCUAUGAGCAGUGGGUUCAUCAUGUGCAUGAAAAGAUUAAAGAUACUUCAUUAGUAGGGAGUUGGAAAGUUUUAGUUGGUGAUCAGGACCAAGUAGUACACAUAUGGCGAUACAGUGGAUAUGCUGCAGCCCACAAAGCUAUGGAAACAUACCAUACAGAUACAGAACUUCAGAAGCUUCAGAACGAUCGAGUGAAACUUAUACGUAAUCGAGAAAAUCAACUGAUGUUAGCGUUUAGUUACUGGGGGCAUCCAGAAGCUCAAAAACGGGACUGCAAUUAUGAAAUGAGGUCUUAUGUUUUAAAGCCAGGAACCAUGAUUGAAUGGGGGAAUGUCUGGGCAAGAGGCAUCACAUUCAGAAAAAGCCAUGCUGUAGCUGGAUUUUUCUCACAGAUAGGACAAUUGUAUAUGGUUCAUCAUAUUUGGGGCUACCAAGACCUACAAAAGCGAAAAGAAGUGAGAGAAGAAGUGUGGAGACAACCUGGAUGGGAUGAUUGUGUUGCUCAUACAGUUCCACUUAUCAGAGAAAUGAGAUCAAGAUGGCUCACUCCAAACUCCUUCUCACCGAUUCUGUAGAAGUUGAAAAUUGCAGAUAAACAAUUUCUUAUAUUAUUGAGUGAUCCUGUUUUGUUUUUCAGUUUAGGUUAGAUUCAAGAACAGAUUUUAUUUGGAAUAAUAUUUAAUUUCAACAAACAAUAAGCAGAAAGAUAUAUUCACCAAUAUCAACAUAGUUUUUCCUCUUAUGCACAUGGGUUUAGCUCUUGAUCUCAAUACUCUAAACACAACUGAAAAUGUCUGUACUAUAGGGAACACUAAUAGAUCUUUCUUUUUAAGAAAUACAAAAUUAUAAUAUUAUUUCUGCAAGGUAAACUAUUUAUGAUAAAUUGCAGAAAAAACAUGUUAUUUCAUAUAACAAUAUAACGUUUGCAUGUAUAAUUAUAUAUAGAUGUAAUCCCUUUUGCAAAAUGCCAGAAGUAAAUGUUGGACAAUAGCACAACUAAACCUUUAUGCUUAGUUAUGUUCACCAAAGGAAAAGUGAAAGGUUAAAAAAUCAGCUUUCUUUACAAGGUGUUUGCAUUUAAAUCAUCAAUGGGAGUGUUUGUUAUAGCCUCUGUAAAUGGGCAUGAAGAAUUCACUGUUUUAAUGUGUGUGCAACUGAUAUUGAAAUCAAACAUACCAAUUUUUGUUUAAAAAAAAAAUUCUUAAACAAUGCAGAAUGGUUUUCUUUUAUAAUUUUUAUUUUAAGUAAAAUAAGUGAUGUAUUAAUUAUACUUUUGAAAGCAUAGAUCCUUUUAAGAACUAAAACUGGCUCUGUCUGAGAGUACUUUGAUUUUUAGUUAGCAUCAUGUUCAGUAUGUAACACAUAAAAAGGUAUUGUUUUGUUUUUAUUUCAUUAGGUUUGGGGUAAAAUAUAGCUUAUUCUGAAUGCACAUUGUUAAAUGAUCUUCCUCAUUUAUUAGUUUUUGUUAAUUGAUAUUCAAAUGAUAAAAGGUAGUGAAAGUUCUUAUGUUUUUUUCGUACAUUGGCUCAUAACAACCUGAUAUGCAGACGUACUAUUAAAAUGAACAAAAUCCUUUAAAACCUCUCAAGAAAUUUAAAAGUAAUACUGAAUGAAAAGCUGUUAACAGUAAACUCAUGUGGGCUUAGGUGUAUGGUAUUCACUAUGAUUUUAUGUUCUUCUAUUGCAUAGUUUAAUUUGUAGUGAAACUUUUUAAAUGUAUAAAACUACAAACAUACACCUAGCUACAAGUCCCAUGAUUGUAUAAAUAAUUAAAGUUAUAACUAGACAAAUAUAUAGCAUCUAAGGUAUUUGUCACAAUGGAAACACAAGUUUUGUUUAAAAAUUAUCAUACAGUUUUAAGAUUUGCAAAUUAAAUUAUAUGAUAUUUACAUGUAUGUGUAUACACACACACACACACACACACGCAUGUACAUCUUUUAUUAAUUUUUAGUUAUAUUGCAAAAUUGAGCAUUGAAUAUAUGAAACUGUGAAUAUUAGAAACAUAUGGACUGAUUUGGGGGAAGAUAUAUGUUUUUUUUUAUGAAUUAUUAUUUAGUACUUGAACAUAAUAUAUGAUUAUAUUUAUUGCAGGAGCAUCAAUUUUGAGUGUGUAUUCUAGAUAAAUUUCAAUAUCUUUAAUGUUAUCGUGUAAAUCACUUUUUAUAUGUGAAAAACAAUUAAUUGAAGAAAUACACAAGAAAGAAAUCUUAAUAUGUACUGGAUAAUAUUUGUUGAUAUAUUUGAUUGCUUAUUAAUAAUUACAUAGUCAGUUGGUGGACGUAUACAAGUUCUUGGUGUGCGUCGUUAGUGUGGAUGAUUCUUUUUAUGCCAAGGUGCAUGCAUGACUGAGGACCAUUCUCAAGUUAUCAAGAGGGUGUCGAGCUCUUAGGAUGUCACUCAGUUUAUCAUUAGAAAUGAUUAUAGUUGCUAUGACAUAUUUUAUUACAUUAAUCCUUCCUAACAGGCAUCAAAUGUAACUUAGUGAGUCAUUCAGUCCCUUGAAAUAUUAAAUCAAAACUUUAUGGCUAGUUUGACUUAGGUUUUGUAGCAAAACAAAUUCAAGGUAUUCUGAAGCUUUGGAAAAUUCAUCUACUAACUGAGGGAAAGGAAAGUAUAUGGUAUCUUCAUGUACCACAUGUUUCUACCUAUUUACCUGUUUUCUUUGUGUUUUUGGAUCCACACAUAUUUUACGGUCUUGUACAAAAAGUAAAAAAAUAGGUAUUGUAAUAUGAUGAAAGAAGGCUAAUUUUUUCUCUAGUAAUUUUAUUUUAAAUAUAUUACUUCCAGAUGAAAAGAAAUGAAUGUAAUAAUCCUUCACUUAAUCCUUGAAAGGUUUACUUUCUUACUAGGUAGAGCAUGGCAUGGCCUGAUGGUUAAGGCACUCGACUUGCAAUUUGAGAGUUGCAGGAUCAAAACCAUGCACUGAACAUGUUUGUCCUUUUAGCCUUGGGGUGUUAGAAUGUAAUGAUCAAUCCUUAGAGUUGCCAGUGGGUGCUGCUGGCUGGAUUCCUUCUCUUUGAUCAGCUAUUCGAAUUUAGGGGUUGUGGUAACUAGCCUUGGUAGAUUUUCUAUAAACAAACCUACUGAGGUAAUCUUGAUGCAAAAGGAUCUCCAAAAAAAUUUACAUGUUAAAUUAUUAAAUGAACCUUUGUAUUAUUUUUUUUUACAUGUGACAUAUAUUUAACAUAUUUGUUGUAUUCAUGAGCAAACAGGUCCAAACAUUUAUUAGGCUAACCAAGCUGAGAAAAAAUAGUUUUUAAUUCUUGUUUUUGCUCUCAAACUCCAAGUGUUUUUGCAAAGCUUGGAUGUAGGGAUAUCCAAAGUUGACAUUAUUUUAAACUGGUUAUUUCAAUUAAACAUGUGAUUUAUACAUUUUACAAUCAAACCAAGUGCUUAGUUUAUUUCCAUGUCUUUAUGUAGUAAAUAUUCAACAUCAUGGAAUGAUUUGUGGGUUUUCACUUUUUUUCCUUCCAAUUGGGUCUUCAGUGAAAAAUGUUUAGUUUUUAAAGAAAAUUGGUAUGAUUUUACUAAGUGAAACUUGUUUAGGUUUUUUUUUCCAUUAUAAUUGACAACCUUCUAACAUUUGCUCUCAUCUUUUUAAAAGGAGUUACAUAUGCUAAACAGAAGAGACUUUGUGUAAAGCAUUAUAUGCAUUUAUUCUUGCAGCUCAAAUAGGUAUCAUAAUCAGUAAUUUUAGCUUUUUUUGAAUAAAAUUAACCUGAGCACUUGCACAAGGACAAUGAAAAAAAUACAUUACCUCAAAUGUCAGUCUAAUGAAGUAUUAGAAUAUAAUAUCUUGAAAAAAUAAUUUCUAGUAGAAUAUAUUUUGUUUUUCAUGUAUCUCAAGUUUUAGAUAAAUUAAUAAUUUUUUGUUGUUGUGAUACAUUGUUUUUGGAAUGUUCUUUGGCAUUGUAUUUUUAUUUGUGAAAAUAAAUUGUUUUGCCUGUUGGUGAAACUAUUUUAUAGGA